AUGAAGUUUUUGUGCGAGGUGUUUCUUGUGCUCGGUGACGUCAAGUUUCUUAUAAUGGGAAUCCGCCAGUGCGCUACAGUUUUUGUAAGUCUCAAUCUCUCUAAAGUUUAUCAGUCUUGCAUCCCUUCAGCAGCUUACCUGUUGAUGUUGCCCGUGAAUCGUCUUGCGUCUACGGUCGCUGCAGCAGCGAAGGAAUCUGCGAAGGCUGUUGGUGGAGAGGAGUUGUCGUGCCUACCUAAUGGUUUGACGGUGUUUUCAAAAGAUUUGAAAGGACCCGUUGCGCAGUUGGUUCUUGCUUUCCGGGCUGGGUCACGAUAUGAACAGCCAGAUGAAUUUGGCAUAACUCAUCAUUUAAGGAACUGCAUUGGGAUUGAUUCUGAGCGAGCAUUCGGAGUUCAUUUGCUUUAUCAGUGCGGUGGUGCAGGAGCUACUCUGUACUCUCAUCUUACGCGAGACUUCCUGGCAGUUCAGGCAAGUUUAGUUCGGGAGCAUGCCUGCAGAACUCUCCCACUUAUUUGUGAAUUGAGUCAGCCUGCAUUUAAACCUUGGGAUCUCGAAAACGUUAUAGAAACUUUGGAUGCAGAUAUUGCUUACUUGAAACCUCAUGACCAAUUAUCGGACUGUUUACAUUAUGCAGCUUUUCGUGGCGGUCCUCUUGGCCACUCUUUAUACAGUGCAGAAGAACUGGUUGGAAAGUACGACUAUCUCAAAUUACGUCGAUUUGCAGAUUCUCGGCUGGUGAGUAGUCAGGCAGUUCUUGUUGGCAUCAAUAUUGAUCAUGAUGACAUUCUCAAAUUCCUCAAUGAUCAUAUGAGGUUUCAUGAAAAGUCAAGCAAAGAGGGGCUUCCUUCAAAAUAUGUUGGCGGCGAAGUUAGACGUUCAUUUACGUCUAGAAAAGCAUAUGUCGCUAUCGCAGGUGAGGGGGCGUCAAUCAAAGAACCUGAAAAUGUAGCGGUACAGUCAGUUCUUCUUUCCCUCUUAGUUGGAGAAAGGUCGCUGAGGUAUGGCCCGAACAACGAGGGAGUCGUUUCUCGUGCAAAAGCAUCGGGCUCUUACCCUUAUGAAAUUAGACGAUUAAGCGAAGUGUAUUCUGAUAGCGGACUUGUUGGUUUUUGUAUUUCAUCUGAAGCUGAUAUAAUUGCUCCUCUCGUUCAUGCUGCAGCAAAAUCACUGAAAUCUAUUUCAAUGAAUGACGACACAGUAAAGAAGGCGAGGCGAGUUGAAAUUUUUUGUUUUGCUAUGAGGCAUGUGCGGAUGGCAGAAUUAGUUUGUCUAAAUCACUGUGAAAGUUCCUCCGCUUUGGCGUUGGGAUAUGCUGCUCAGUUAUUGUGUUCAAAGAGGAUUGUAUCUACCUCAGAAUUUAUCCAGCUUAUUAGGAGUGUAACGAAGCAAGACCUUGAAAAGAUGAUUUCGCGUAUGGUUUCUAAUAUGACUAUCGCGUCAUGUGGCAACAUUUAUCAAGUCCCAUAUCUUGAUGAGCUAUAG